AUGCAAAAAUUCUCCAAAGUGAAGCAGUACCCCAAAAACACACCAGUGCAGGAUUCUCUGUUACUGCAAACUAUUGCAAAUCCAUCUGCACACUACCACAUACCCCCGUCUCCACACUGCUGCAAAUCCAUCUCCACACUACCAUACCCCCGUCUCCACACUGCUGCAAAUCCAUCUCCACACUACCAUACCCCCGUCUCCACACUGCUGCAAAUCCAUCUCCACACUACCAUACCCCCGUCUCCACACUGCUGCAAAUCCAUCUCCACACUACCAUACCCCCGUCUCCACACUGCUGCAAAUCCAUCUGCACACUACCAUACCCCCGUCUCCACACUGCUGCAAAUCCAUCUCCACACUACCACAUACCCCCGUCUCCACACUGCUGCAAAUCCAUCUCCACACUACCACAUACCCCCGUCUCCACACUGCUGCAAAUCCAUCUCCACACUACCAUACCCCCGUCUCCACACUGCUGCAAAUCCAUCUCCACACUACCAUACCCCCGUCUCCACACUGCUGCAAAUCCAUCUCCACACUACCAUACCCCCGUCUCCACACUGCUGCAAAUCCAUCUCCACACUACCACAUACCCCCGUCUCCACACUGCUGCAAAUCCAUCUCCACACUACCAUACCCCCGUCUCCACACUGCUGCAAAUCCAUCUCCACACUACCACAUACCCCCGUCUCCACACUGCUGCAAAUCCAUCUCCACACUACCACAUACCCCCGUCUCCACACUGCUGCAAAUCCAUCUCCACACUACCAUACCCCCGUCUCCACACUGCUGCAAAUCCAUCUCCACACUACCAUACCCCCGUCUCCACACUGCUGCAAAUCCAUCUCCACACUACCAUACCCCCGUCUCCACACUGCUGCAAAUCCAUCUCCACACUACCAUACCCCCGUCUCCACACUGCUGCAAAUCCAUCUCCACACUACCACAUACCCUCGUCUCCACACUGCUGCAAAUCCAUCUCCACACUACCACAUACCCCCGUCUCCACACUGCUGCAACUCCAUCUCCACACUACCAUACCCCCGUCUUCACUUGCAGGAAAACAAAAUACGUAACUGUGAACAGACUGACUGUAGGGGUGACGUCAGGGCAGAAAGGAGUUCACACGCAGACAGGCAGUGCCGGCAGUGAAACUGAGACGCUGCGCCGCUCAGUGCUUUUAUUACAAAAUAAAAAGUUUAAACAAAAAAUCAGCACGCCGCAC